GACGCAAAGGGCCUAAAACUGCAGGCCUAAAAAAGAAGAUUAGACACCGCUCCUCCCGUCCCCGCCGCCCCCGCCCGAACCGAACUCAUCUCCUUUCCGUUUGGGCGCCAAAACAGCAUCCGCCGCGCGACGCGUCUCGUCAGCGCCGCCAGCCCCGUCAGAAUGUCUAAGAAGAGGGGGCUUUCGUUGGAGGAGAAACGGGAGCAAAUGCUUCAAAUAUUUUAUGAGAGCCAGGAAUUCUUUCUGCUUAAGGAGCUAGAGAAAAUGGGUCCUAAAAAGGGAGUGAUUAGUCAGUCUGUGAAAGAUGUGGUGCAAAGCCUGGUGGAUGAUGAUCUUGUCUUGAAGGAUAAAAUUGGGACUUCUGUGUACUUUUGGAGUCUUCCAAGUUGUGCUGGGAACCAGCUGAGGAAUACUUACAACAAGCUGGAAUCUGACCUUUCAAACUCUAGAAAGCGUUACAUGGACCUUGUUGAACACAGAGAUAACUUGAAAAGAGGCCGGGAAGACUCUGAAGAGAGGGAAGCUGCUUUGGAGGAGCUGAAGACUGUAGAACUACACCAUAAGAAACUCAAGGAGGAACUGGCUGCAUAUGCAGAUAGUGAUCCAGCUGCAGUAGAAGCAAUGAAGGAUGCUACUGAUAUUGCUCAUUCAGCAGCUAACAGGUGGACAGACAACAUUUUCACUUUGCAACAAUGGUGUUCAACCACAUUCCCAGAAGCAAAAGAACAACUGGAACAUAUGUACAGGGAGGUUGGGAUCACAGAAGAUUUUGAGUAUUUGCAGUGAUGUCCAACAGCCUAUUACAGCGUCGAAAAUGUGCCACGGAAUGUUGGAUCGAUCACAGAUGCAAGUUUAUCAUGUUGGUGCUGUGAGUUAUCUGCAGUAAAUAGAUUUUGUAUAUUUCACAUGCUUGGCAACAAUGACCGAUAUGGCCACAUGCAUGUUAGGGACUACUUUUCCUAGAUGCUACCAAGUGGCUAGACUAUACCGAAGGCUCCUGCUAUGCUUGAAAACUUUACCGAAGGCUCGAUUUUAUUGGAUGUAGUGGCUAGACUAUAUCAUGAAAUGUAUAUUUCUUUGCUGAUGGAAAGAACAACAAUAGCUUGGCAUCUGGAAAUAAAAAUACUGCCCUAAAAA